AUGGAUCAAGACGUAAUACGAAGUCUUAAAGCUCAUUAUCGUCACAAAAUUGUGCGUUUGUGUAUCAAGGCUGUCGAUAAUAACAAGCCCAUGCCAAAAAUUUCUAUACUUCAAGCAAUGAAAGAUCUUGUUUCUUCGUGGAAUGCUGUGUCGAAGGAGGCUGUCAUCAACUGCUUUAAAAAAACUGGUAUCAGCAAAACAAACAAGAGUAUUGAAGAAGCUGAUGAUGAUCAUCUUUUUAAAUUUUUGACAGAAGAACUUAACCGUUUGCGAGAGUUAAAUUGCGAUGUAGUAACCACCGGUUCACUUGCUAAUGAUGCUGAAAUCAUUGCUCAGAUUUUAGACCCUAAUUUUGAAAACGACGAUAAUGAAGUUGAAAAUAGCGUUGACAAAGCUAUUGACGUCGAAGCCCCGCCACGCCCAUCUAAUAUUCAAUUAGAAAUUGCUUUUGAAACGAUUCAAAAUGCUUCGCUAUACAGCUCAUAUACGGAAAUGAAAUACAUUCCCUAG